CAAGCCGGCCUUUAUUUAAUACGGACUAAACAGACGUGACGCUCGCUCGGUAAUUUACGUUAAAACUAGUUCAUUUAAAAAUGCAUCGAAUAUUUUUGGGAUUGUUUUUCAUCGCCCAAGUUCUAAGCCAAACUAGAAACUUAGAAUGGCCUGAAGACGCCAUAUUGACUUUCGGAGGACUAGCCAUGAAGUAUGUGCAAAGAGUCGAGGAAUUUGACGUGUUAACACCAGAUGGCUACUACCUCAAACUGUUCCACAUACCAGGAGACAGGAGAAGACCCGUGCUGCUCAUACACGGUGCCUUAGAUUCCUCAGACAGCUUCAUAAUGAGAGGAAAUACAUCGCUCGCAGUCGCUCUAGCCAGGGACAACUACGAUGUUUGGGCCAUGAACUACAAAGGCAACAGAUAUGCCAGAACACAUGUCACGUUGGACGCCGACGCAGACAAAGAGUUCUGGAACUUCAGUCUCCACGAAAUAGGGACAAUUGACAUCCCAACCACCAUAGACUUCGUAUUGAAAAGAACAGGCCAAAGAAAGUUAAGCGUCAUCGGAUUUUCAGAAGGGACAACCGCCUCGUACGUUAUGGGAGCGACGCGACCGGAGUACAACGAUAAAAUAAAGCUUCAUAUAUCCUUGGCACCAGUAUGUUUUCUACAAAACACUAAGCCUCUUAUGUCUUACAUUAUACAGUUGGCGCCUAUUUUAAACAUUGCACUAGAGGCGAUCACUGGUAAUGAAAUCGGUGGUUACAAUUCAACGUCCAAAGCUUUGAUUAACCAAUUCUGUAUGAAAGAGGAUCGCUAUAAGGUAUGUUUAGACGCCUUGUUCUCGGUCACGGGCGCAAACGCCAAGGAGAUUGAAAUGGAGUUCUUUCCUGUGGUACUAGGACACUUUCCUGCUGGCAGUUCAAGGAAGAAUCUGUACCAUUUAGCGCAGAUAGGCGAGUCGAAGAAGUUUCAAAACUACGAUUACGGAUUGGCGCAGAAUAUGAGGAAGUAUAAGAGACCAACUCCGCCGGAGUACGACUUGAGUCGAGUGACAAUGAAUAUUGCGUUGAUAGUGGCGAAUAAUGAUAAGAUAUCGACCAUCAAAGACACUGAACUCUUGAGACAGCGGUUACCGAAUGUCGUGGACUACGUUAUGAUGCAAAAUAGUGCAUUCAACCACAUAGAUUACGUUUGGGGGAGGAGUACACACAAAAUGAUGUUCCCACAUAUAUUUCGGCUUUUAAAUAAGUAUAAUUACUAAAGGAAAUAAUUAAAGACUACCAACUAAUAAGUUAUUUACAUAGUAAAACGGGUAAUAGUGAUUGUGUGGUGUGCGUUAAACGUGAGUAUAGUGUGAUAAAAAUUUGUUAUUUAUAGGAUAAUUCUUGUGAAAGAAUGCACAUAAGAUAUAAAACACAGGUAUGUUAAUAUUUUUAAUGAUUUAUGUGAAUAUAAUACCAAAAAUAUAACGAAAACAAAACAAUUUAUAUUGCUGGCAAGGACAGUAAAAAAAAUAAAAAUGGAAUUGUUUUCGGAGGUCAAUAAAAAGUAAAAUUGGUGGUAAAUAAUACAGAUAAUACUAUUUGUUUUAAAUAAUAAAUGAAUACUUAAUUUAUACAUGUAAUCAAUUUAUUUUAUUAUUAACUCUACAAGAUGUGUAUGAAAAAUAAGUUCAGUUUUUGGUGAGUAAUGUAAAGUUUUACAAUUUCGUUUGGAACAAUAGGGCAAUAAAUCAAACUUGAAUAAAUUACCAAAACUAAAUCUGAUAAAUUAUGAAUAUAAUUAACAAACAUGCCUCUACGUUUUUUUAGAUAUCGCUAGCAAACCCAAAUUAGUUUAAGAACUGUAUCUACCACAGUAAAUAUAUGUACUUUAUCUUUGAAAAAAUAUUUUCAAGGAGUGACCAUGUAACUGCCUCACGGUAUGAUCGAUCAAGCUUAACCUGUGCUUGGUUUCAAUCAGCGGAUGGGUGAUCAUUGAGUCAUAAGCGAUUUUAUUCAAAGCUAGGUUUCUCUUGCAUUUUUCCUUAUAUUAGUCCUUAGAUCUCCUUGGUCUUAGGCCUUAACCUGCAGUAAUAUUAUAUUUUAAACGUUAUACAUAAGGAAGUUGUAAUAAAUAUAUUAUUAUAAUACUCGGAAAUAAUAUAAUUGUUGUUUUAUGGUCUGUUGAGUAGAUCAAAACGAUAGAGUAACUUCCUAAGACAAGAUUAUUAUGCAUAACAUAUUUUUUUUGUUGGGAACCGUCUAGUUGUAUAGUUUUUUUCUAGUAAAUUAUUUUAAUGUUAGCUAAAUUGAUAUUUUUGAAUAAUUAGCAAUGGUCCAAUUCUAUACAAAUAAUUUGGAUAAUUAACAAACUGCGUAUUUUUUUUUGCAUUUAGGUUAAUUUUCUAAUUUACAUAAGAUUCCUGACCAUGAGAAACAUUUCCUUCCGGAAACCUCAAACUGCACUCGAAUUUGCAUUUUUGAG